AUGACCACGCCGACAGCCGCCCCCGCUCAACCUCUGGUGUGGUCGCCUACACCGGACGAGAUCCAACAAACAUCCUUGGACAAGUUUCGUCGUCUCGUCAAUGCUCGCUUCAACUUGAACCUGAGCAACUACCACGAGCUGCACGACUUCUCCAUCAAUCGGCUCGAGGACUUUUGGAUCACUGUGUGGGACUUUGCUGGUAUCCGAGCAUCGAGUCGGUUCGAUCGCGUUCUGUCGGAUCCGAAUGCUCUCCCAGGUGACUUGCCCGAAUGGUUCCCAGGAGCGUCGUUCAGCAUGGCGCAGAACAUUCUAUUUCCGUUGCACCCCGCCAACACGACGUUCUGCUCUCCUAAGGCUCCGUACCACUGGCCUCAUGCUCAGGCUGUGGCGUUGAUUGAGGUGCCCGAAGGUGGAGGAUUGGCGGAAUCGGAUGUCAACUCUCGAGCUGUCAAGGUGACGUGGGGCGAAUUGAGGAGGAGAGUCGCGCUGUUGGCUGAGGCAUUUCGACGCAUCGGGGUCAAGAAAGGGGAUAGAUUGGCGCACGUCUCGGCCAACACCACUUCACCUGUUGUGGCGACGCUGGCGGCCAACAGUGUAGGAGCCAUCUACUCGCUCAUCGCAACCGACGCUGGUCCCCAAGCCAUCUACGGUCGUCUGGCCCAAAUCCGACCCAAACUCCUCUUCACGGACGAUGCUGUCCUGUACAACGGUAAACAGGUCGACAUCCUCGAUCGAGUCACUCGAGUAGCAGAACGGCUUCAAGCAGACGACAAGAUCGACUCGCCCCUCCAGUUCCAGGUCGUCAUCAUCCGCAACACUCGUCUUCCCAACGCCUCUCCAACCUGGACUUCCACCAAACUUCGUGGUCUCGAGUUCUCCCAGUUCGUCCAACAGACCGGUCUCAACAUCACCGACUCACCACCUCACAAGUUCGAACAGCUUCCCGCUCAACACCCCGUCCAGAUCUUCUUCUCCUCCGGAACCACAGGGGAACCCAAGUGCAUCAUCCACACGCAGUGUCUCCUGCUCAACAUGAAGAAGGAAGCCCUGCUCAUGCUCGACCUCAGACCGUCGGACUCGUUCCUGCAGGUCACCAGUUGCGGUUGGAUCAUGUGGAUCUACCACCUGGUAGCGCUUUCGAUGGGCAGCACCGCUGUUCUGUACGAUGGAUCUCCCAUGUAUCCCAACCCGGGGCACGUGGUCAAGGUGGUUUCGCACCUCAAGUGUUCCGGCUACGGUGCAAGUCCGAGGUUCUUGAGCGAGUUGGAGAAGUACUGCAGCGAAAACAAGUUCAGCAUCGCCAAGCAGUUGGAUCUGGCCAAGUUCAGGAUGAUGACGAGUACAGGUUCGCCGUUGUCACCGAAGAACGUGGAGUUUUUCUACCAACAGUUCCCGAAGAGGGCUCAUCUCUGCAGCAUUUCAGGAGGUACAGAUAUGGCAGGUGUACUGGUGGGACCUAGCAAGAUGCUGCCUCUGUAUGGGAACUUCAUCCAGAGCAAGAUGCUUGGAUUUGACAUCCAGGUGUGGGAUGCAGAGACGGGCGAGAGGAUCGACGAUACGGGUAGACCGGGCGAGCUGAUCGUUGCGAAACCCUUCCCAACCCAGCCGACUGGAUUCUUCGGCCCGCCGGAUCAGAAGCAAGCGCUGCACGAAAAGUACCUCGACUCGUACUACUCGCGCUUUCCCGGUCGCAAGGUUUGGGCCCAAGGCGAUUUCAUCUACCAAGACCAGCCCACAAAGGGCCUCGAAAUCCUCGGUCGUUCCGACGGCGUCCUCAACCCCAGCGGUGUGCGUUUCGGCAGUUCCGAGAUCUACAGCGUCGUCGAGAAGUUCCCCUUUGUCGGCGAUAGCAUCGUUGUCGGUCAACGUAGACCGGGCAAGGACGAGCACGAACGAGUCUUGCUCUUCAUCAAGAUGCGCGACCCCAGCGUUGCGCUCGGCGAGGAUCACAUUGCUCAGCUUAACAAGGCUAUCAAGGCGGCGUAUUCGGCAAGACACGUUCCCGAACAUACGUUCCAGGUCCAGGACAUUCCAGUGACGUUGAACGGGAAAAAGACAGAGUUGGCAGUCAAGGCUGUCGUCAACGGUAAUGCUGCGUUCAAACCGUCGAGCGCAACCGCCAACCCACAGAGUUUGAAGGAAUACGCGCAGUACGCUGAUCUCGAAUCGGUCGUCGCUGCUCGAUCCAGCGCAAAGGCGAGCGCCGCACGAGGCGGUGCAAAGCUCUAG